GGGCGGAGUCUGGCUCAGGCGCGUGACGUCAGCACUUCCUGCUCGCGCAGGUAUCUCGGUAUCGGACACACCUGAAGCUCCGGAUCUGACUGCCGCAGUUUUACUCGGAAUCAACGACGCAUUUCCAUCGAAACUGCUUUAAACGACGGUUUAUGUCUGGCUAAUGAGGAAUUACACCGUUCUGGAGGAGACGAGCACUUGUAGAGCUGUUUAAUAAAUUGGUCUUGAAUCAUUUAUACAGGGAUAUUACUGGAGGUUUUGUUCAUUCGGAGAAUGACUCCGGCUCGGCUCUGGUUCUUCUGGACCGCGGUGGUUUUGCAUGUGGCUCCAUCAGAGGCUCAGGAUGAAGGGAAAUGCAUGGAUAAGUUCAGUCUUGGCAAAGAGGAUUUUGUGUUGGACGUAGAUGAAUCUGUGAAGGAAGGGGCCACGUUCCUGAGUUCUCCUCAAGUGUCUCGGCCUGAAGACUGUGUUCUGGCCUGCUGUAAUGAUCCAAACUGUAAUCUGGCUCUGAUUGAACAUGGAGAAAAUCCCAAAAGCAUCAGCUCGUGCUUCAUCUUCAACUGCCUGUACAAACAGAAGAAAGUCUGUCGCUUUGUGAGGAAGAAUGGCUUCAGCAACUACGUUCUGAUAUCUGUUUUUAAAGAUUAUCUUGAGCAAAAAAAUUCAGAUGUGGAGGACAAACAUCCAAUCGCAGUGACCGGGCAGGACAGAGUCGUUCAGCCCAAAGAAGAUGUGGUUCUGAACGGCAUUGAGAGCAAAGACGAUAAAAAGAUUGUAAAAUAUGAGUGGGAAAAGGUGUCUGGAGACCCAUCAGCAGUUAUGACGGAAGGGCCGUUUGAGGAUUCAGUGACAGUCUCCAAUCUUUCUCCGGGGAUGUAUAAGUUCAGACUCACGGUCACAGAUGACGCUGAUCAGACAGGAUCGGCCGAGGUGUCUAUUUUGGUCCUGACGCCAGAACAGUCACUCCAUCACUGUCUGGUGCCGAAGAAGGAGGGUCCGUGUCGAGGCUCUUUCCCACGCUGGCACUACAACGCCGUCACAGAGAAAUGUGAGCAGUUCAAGUUUGGAGGCUGCAAACCAAACCGCAACAACUACCUGGUGCUCAACGAAUGCCUGAACGCUUGCGACAAAGUUUCAGCUUCUGCUAAGCCACCGUCUGGAAGAUUAGGUCCGAUCCACGAUCAUCGUGAGCAGUGUGACGUGGUUUGCGGUCCAGAUCAUUUCUCAUGUUCAAGUAAAUGCUGCAUCGAGAAAGAGUUGGAGUGUGACGGGGAACCGCAGUGCAGCGACGGUUCGGACGAGGCUGAAUGCUCCAAACUGGACAGCAAGUUCCGUCGAUUGCUGGAUAUUCCUGUGGACAAAAGCAAAGUUCAUUGCGUGGAGCCGCCAGUAACGGGACCCUGUCGCGCAAGUUUCACUAACUGGUACUACAAUCCGUAUGAAAGGCUCUGUAACCGCUUCAACUACGGCGGCUGUGAUGGGAAUGAAAACCGCUUUGAAACGGAGGAGAAGUGCAUGCGGUCGUGCAAUGGAGUGUCUGAGUCUGACGUGUUUGCCAGACGAGCUCAGUUUGAGAAGCAAGAAAGCACGAGCGAAACAGCUGCCAUCGUGAUCGCCAUCAUCCUGGGCUUCGCCAUCGCCGUCCUGCUGGUGGUUAUCGCAUGUUGCCUCCUGAAGGGAAAGAAGAAGCGCAGAAACAAACAUCAGCAUGUGGCCGUUAACGGUGGUCAUGUUCACAGCUACGAGGAUUCAGAGAAACUCGUCUACAACAGCACAACCAAACCCAUCUGAGCAUUAACUCCGUUUAACAGGACAUCUAUCCUUACUGCUGGAGCGUGAUGUGAAAAAUUCAUUUGCAUAUGCAAUAAUUAUUUGAUUUCUUCACUUGUUUUGAGUAGACGGGAUGGAAACUGUGCAGAAAGUUCGUUUGAUUUGCUUGUUUUGAGUUUAAAACCACUUUUAUUACCAGCGGCUUUUUCACUUUUCUUAUUUCUGUCCUUUGCUUUAUAUAUUAGCUUGUUGGAUUUUGCUCAGGGGUGAAUAUGUGUUGCAAUAGCGUAUAAUAAAGCCAGUUUUUAUGACCACAAAAAAUGAAAUCAAGAUUCUUGAGCCAUGUACUUUUAUUUUGCAAUACAGCUGUGCGAAGACUGGAUUGUUUUUUGUUUUUAUUUGAAAUGCUGCCGCUCAUCAGUUAAUUUUAAAGCCAUGUAAACAUUGCAUUACUAUCUAGAAAUUAGUUUUAUAUUUUAGUUUGAGAUGUGAGAUAUUGAUUAAUGGCUCUUUGUUGUGUAAACUCUUGUUUUGUUUUCCAUUAGCUACAUUAGGAGUUUUAUUUUCUUUCUUUUUUUAUUACUA